CCAUGUAACAAUAAAACACCACAGAACAACCCUGGCUACCACAUUUUUGUUUUCUUUUUUGUGCAGGAAAGUGAGAGGUAUGCUUAUGAAUGGCAGAGAUGCUUGCAAACUGCUCUCCAGAUCAUCAAGAAGGCCAACGACACCCUGAAUAGCAUCAGCAGCUCCUCUGUAUGCACAGAAGUCAUCCAGUCCGCUCAAGGCAUGGAAUAUUUGUUAGGGGUUGUCGAGGUUUACAGAGUGACCAAACGCGUGGAGUUGGGCAUCAAAGCGACGGCCGUCUGUAGCGAGAAACUCCAGCAGCUGCUGAAGGAUAUCGACAAGGUGUGGAACAACUUGAUCAGCUUCAUGUCGCUCGCCGCUUUAAUGCCCGCUGAGAACUUGUUGGAUUUCUCUUCUUGUAUGCUUCGCCCUGGAAUCAAAAAUGCUCAGGACUUGGCUUGCGGGGUGUGUCUUUUGAAUGUCGAUUCUAGGAGUAAAGUAAGUACAGGGGCAACAUUGUCCCACCUUAAAACCCCUUUGCAUUGGCUGCGAACAUGUGUGUGUGUGUGUGUUUUUGUUGGGUUUUGCCUUUUGCCAUUUUUAUUUCACUAAUUUUAACCAACAGGUUGAAG